AUGAAGCUCGUCAACCUCGCGCUCAUUCCGAUCGUUUCGUAUAUCGUCCUCAACCAGCUCUUCAGCACGUGGCUGCCGAGAAACUACAUUUUCGACAAGACCGAGCUGCAACAGAUCUGCGUCGACGCCAUCAAGGCUCAUCCAAACAACGCGACAGCCAUCAUGUACGCGGUGCAGGAGAAGAUGUCCGAGGUGUACGGCGACCAGGUGAUCAACAAGCUGAAUUUCGACGACUGGGUGUUCAACAACGCCGGCGGAGCCAUGGGCCAGAUGUUUAUUUUGCACGCGUCCAUCUCGGAGUAUGUGAUUUUCUUCGGCUCUGCCAUUGGAACAGAGGGCCACACGGGAAUCCAUUUUGCAGACGACUACUUUACGAUUUUGACUGGGGAGCAGCACGCUGCUUUCCCUGCCCAGCUGGAGCGGUCCGUGUAUUUGCCCGGAGACCAGCACCACAUGGCCAAGGGCGAGUUCAAGCAGUAUGCUAUGCCACCAGGCUCGUUUGCGCUGGAGUUGGCACAGGGCUGGAUUCCGGCCAUGCUGCCGUUCGGGUUCCUGGAUACUUUUAGCUCGACCUUGGAUUUUGUGACGCUGACCAGAACCGUCUACUUCACAGGCAAGGACAUGCUGAAAAACCUGGCCCACGGCAAAUUUUAG